GUCCGGAACACUUUCUAUAUCGUUUGGAGCCGACAUGGAUCCAGGUUUGCUCUGUAUUCUAUAUAUGCCUAUUUCGGGAAAGAUCAAUGACUGCUUGCCCGACAUAGCCCUGUGCCCCUUGAAUGUUCCGAGCGACAGCCCCCAAGAGAGCCAGCCCCUCCUGAACAGGAUGGACUCGGAGCCCUGCUGCAGCGUCAACGUCUUCCCGGAAGACAUCCAGUUCACGUGCACCGUGCGAGAGGCAGAACACGCCAUCCUGCACGGCGUCAUCCCCGAGAGGAUCUACCAGGGAUCCAGCGGGAGCUACUUCGUCAAGAACAUCAACAACGUCAAGGUCGGCGUCUUCAAGCCCAAGGACGAGGAGCCCUACGGCCGCCUCAACCCCAAAUGGACCAAGUGGAUGCACAAGAUCUGCUGCCCCUGCUGUUUCGGCAGGAGCUGCCUAGUACCCAACCAGGGCUACCUGUCCGAGGCCGGGGCCUCCCUGGUGGACCAGAAGCUGCAACUCAAUAUCGUGCCCAAGACGAAGGUCGUGAGACUGGUCAGCGAGUCCUUCAACUAUUCCGCCAUCGACAGGGCGAAGUCGAGGACUAAGAGGAACAUCUGCGAGAAGUUCCCGCGGUACCGGUGCCAUUUCAACCGGAUCGGACUGCCGCCGAAGAUGGGGUCCUUCCAGCUGUUCGUGGACGGAUACAGAGACGCGGAGUCUUGGCUGAAGGUGUUCGAAUCGGAACACCUGCCCGAAGACCUCCAGAAGGCGUUCCACCUGCAGUUCGAGAAACUGGUCGUGCUGGACUACAUCAUCCGGAACACGGACCGCGGGAACGACAACUGGCUUAUCCGGUACGUGAGGCCGGGCGCCGCCGAUGGAAGCAAACCCGAGAUCAAGGUGGCCGCCAUCGACAAUGGCCUGGCCUUCCCGUUCAAGCAUCCCGAUUCGUGGAGGGCGUAUCCGUUCCACUGGGCGUGGCUGCCCAUGGCGCGAGUCCCUUUCUCCUCGGAGAUCCGGGACCUGGUCCUGCCCCAGCUCUCCGACUUGAACUUUGUCCAGGAGCUCUGCGACGACCUGUACGAACUCUUCAGCGUGGACCGGGGCUUCGAUAAGAACGUCUUCGAGAAGCAGAUGUCGGUGCUCAGGGGUCAAGUCCUGAAUCUAGUCCAGGCCCUCAAGGACGCGAAGAGCCCCCUCCAGUUGGUGCAGAUGCCCGCCGUCGUCAUCCAGAGGAGCAAGGGGAGGAGCAAAGGGAGGUCGAGGAUAGCAGACGAUCACUUCACUCAGACGUUCCAGAGCAAGGCGCCCUUCUUUUCCUGGUGUUAGUCAGAGCUUCGCAGAUGAAAGAGAACACUUAUUUUGUUAUACUCGCUGUUGCGGACAUUUACUCCUGUGUUCGCACCUUUUUUUAAGCAAAAUGUUUUAUUGUGUUACCGAUAAGAAUUUACUCAAUGCCCUUGUGCACGUCUUUCUAGACCCCAUUCCGGUUGUAAAUCUGAUUGGUUGUUGCUCUUUUGACCGUCUUUAGGUAUUGGCGACCUGGGGGUUGCUAGCUUUAAAUGUUUAUCAGCUUUUUGGCAUCGGAUGGAAAAUUUUGAACAAUCCUGACGCAAUUACUUCAACGCCAACCAACCCAGUAGUUUUGGCGAAAAAAUAAGCACUUCAGCAGUUCGUAUAUAUAGGUUUCUUUACCAAUCUCAUUUCACUGCCGGAGUGGUGUCUAAUUAAAACUCCCCUGUGCAACGCAAAUGAAAGCAUUUAAAUGUUAAUUCAUUAGUGAGAAUUCUAUGUAUAUAUAUUUUUUCGUUCUUUAUUAUACUUUUGUUAUUUGAACCACGCCUCCAAAUUCCUGAUGGAAAAUCAACAUUGCAUCAUUCGCUCAAAAAAGUAAAUGCGAGCUGACAAAAUAUAUGGAUGGAAUCGGGCUUGGAUCUACGUAC